UGCAAGCCAUGUACACGCGACGGUGCUUUUAAUGACAGGGACCAUAAGCAACGUUUGGAACAUAAGUAAGCAGAUGAACGAGUUACUGUAGUACGUACAGUAGGUAACUAGCUAAGUGAUUAUUCUAAAAGUGACAUAUAUGUUUGUAAACUUUACCUACGGGUUGUUCCUCUACAAUUACGAAACACAUGAGAGGCUGAAGCGGCUUUCUAGGGAGCCAUGAUGCGUUACUGGGGCGAAAUCCCGGGCCCGGCGGGUGCCCCACAGAGCCGCAGCUCCUUUGACCUUCUCCAGCGGGAGUUCCGCUCUGUGGAGAUGCAGGACCCACCUUUGCACCAGCCGUCAGCCCAGCGGCCCAGACCCACCACCAUGCUGGACAUCCCCUCAGAGCCCUGCAGUCUCACCAUCCACACGGUGCAGCUGUGCCAGCACACCCGGCGCCUCCGCAGCCUUCUGGCAGCCACCCAUGCUCAGGGGCAUGGCCCUGGCUCCUCAGAGGGCGGUGGUGCCGGAGGAGGCAGCCGAAUGGAGGAAGGGGAGGGUUUGCCGCCACGGCCGCCCACUCCGCCGGCAGCCCCUGAUGACCUGCUACCCCUGGACAGCAAGGCACCCCGGCAGCCCUUUCACCUCCGCCACAGCGACCCUGAGAGCGACUUCUACAAGGGCAAAGGCGAGCCGGUCACUGAGCUGAGCUGGCCCUCCUGCCGACAGCUCCUCUACCAGUCGGUGGCCACGGUCCUGGCCCACGCUGGCUUCGAGUCGGCCCAGGAGAGUGUGCUGGAGACCCUAACUGAUCUGGCCCAUGAGCACUACCUGCGCCUUAGCAGGCUUCUGCGCACAGCUGUGGACCGGGAGGCCCGUCUGGGCUCCACCCCCUUCCCGGAUGUUGUGGAGCAGGUGUUCCACGAGGUGGGCAUCGGAAGCGUGCUGGCCCUGCAGCGCUUCUGGCAGGUGCGGAUCAAAGAUUACCACAGCCAUAUGCUCCAGCUCAGCAAAGAGCUGUCGGAGGAGUAUGAGCGUCUGGUGAACCCUGAGAAGGCCCUGGAGGACUCCAAGCCCCCACGUAUCAAGGAAGAACCCAUGAGUGACAUCGCCUUCCCUACUAACGAGGAGACCGAGUUGGACUCGUCCUCAGGGGAUCAGGCACUACCCAUGGGGGUGCUGGGGCCCCCUAGUGAGAGGCUGGCCGGGGGCCUAGAAGGGGACCAUUCACCACACACCUCAGGUGGUGGAGUGGCCAACAGCUCGCCCUUGUGGCACCUGACACAGGUGAAGAUGGAACCUCAAGACGGUGAGGAGGGCCAGGUGUCAGGCCACGGGGUCCUGGGAGGAGAUGUGUUCGAAGAGGGAGGCCCCAUGUCUACAAUGAGUGAGCCAGACACAAUGGCACCCUCGCCCGGAGGGGUGGCGUCGGACGCCAGCUACGCCUCACACUCACCCGACUCACUCAUGGGCACGUCGCCUGUGUUUAACCAGAGGCCCAGGAAGCGCAUGAAGAAAAUAUAAAAAAAGAGAUCACCACUUGAAGUGGAGUGCUGAACCAUGUCUUUUCAUACAUUAAUUGUUGCCACUAGGUGGCAGGUUAUAACCACAUUACAAUUUAUUGCGCAAUUUGAAGAAGACUUUGAUGUAGUGCUGUCUUUGCUCCCAAUUCAUAAUAAUCUCAAUUUAAGCAUCAUCAAGGAAAGUACGCUAAUAGGUAUGGGUCCCAACAUUUUUCAAUUUAUAAAGACAAAUAUCGAGGAAUUUGAAAGGGGAUUUACAGAAUGAGAACUCCAAUGUCCUUGCUUAAACCAGUUAUUCUUUUGUUCGUCUUUUGAUUAAUAACCUGAGACUUUCACAUCAAUUAUAUUUCAGAGCGAUUGUGAUUGAUUAAAAUAUAACUAGUGAAAAUAGUUGGUGGCCAUUUUGCAGCAAGGUAACAAAUUGGAAGUUCAUUGGAUAGUUCUCAAAUUUAACCAGAUCAAACUUUUUUUUUUUUCAGGCUGUGGCUCAUGUGCUUGAUAUGAUUUAAUGGCUCUUAGUUUUGUUUCUGUUACCAACAAAAAGGCUGUAACGUUAUUAUUUGUAGUUCUCUAUGAUUUUAGUAUGUAGACACUACAAAGGAAUGUAUCUCCCCUUUUUGGAAUGUGAACUUUGAAUUAGUGGUAAUAAUUUUGGUAAAUGUAUACUUUUUGUUAGAGAAGUGAAAGUGGGAAUGGUAGUGGCUAAGACCACCCUAGAAAAUUGUGGUAAUGUAAAAAUGAAUAAAUGCUAUUUGGGAAUGUCAAA